AUGGUGGAUGUGGAGCACCGGAUGGCGGGCAUGGCCCCGGCGGCGCACGCGGCCGGCCUGCGCCGCCUGUCCACGCGCGCCGCGGCCGGCCCUUCCUCGGCGUCGGCGUCCCCGCGCCACGGGCUCUACUCCUUCCAGGGCGUGGCGUCGUCCGUGCUCUCGCACCUCCGGGCCUCCGGGGUGGCCGUCCUCCCGGGGCUUUCGGAGAUGGAGCUCGCCCGCGCCGAGGCCGAGAUGGGGUUCACCUUCCCGCCCGACCUCCGCGCCGUGCUGGCCCUCGGGCUGCCGUCGGGCCCCGGCUUCCCGGACUGGCGCUCCCGCGCGGGGCUCCGCGCCGCGUUCGACCUGCCCGUCGCGGCCGCGUCGCUCCAGAUCGCGAGGGGCGCGCUGUGGCCGCGGUGCUGGGGGAAGAGGCCGGCCGACUCCGACCGCGCGAGGCGGCUCGCUCGCUCCGCCAUACGGCGCGCGCCGCUGCUGGUGCCGCUCUUCGACCGCUGCUACCUGCCCUGCAGCCCCUCCCUCGCCGGGAACCCCGUGUUCUUCGUCACCGACGACCGCGUCCUCUGCUGCGGCCUCGACGUCGUCCACUUCUUCACCCGGGAGUCGUCCUUCCAGCCCAUGGACAUCUCCUCCCCGUUCGCGGCGAUGCCCUCUUCCGGCACGAGCACGCCGUGCACGCGGCGCAGCCUCGACGCGGCCUGCGGCGGCCAGGCCCCACGCUGGAUCGAGUUCUGGAGCGACGCCGCCUCCGACCGGCGUCGCCGCGACUCGUCGUCCUCUGAGGCCUCCACCGCAUCCACAUCGUCGUCAGGCUGCUGCUCGCCACCUCGGAGGUCGACACCGCGCUGGGUCGACAACUACCUGGACAAGCUCGGAUCGGUGCUCAAGAAAGGUGGCUGGAGGGACAGGGAGGUGGACGAGAUGGUGGAGGUGGCAGCGUCGGGGAUGUUCGACGGCGAGGAGGCUCCGCCAGCCGCCGACGCGGAGGCCGUGCUCGACACACUCCUGCUGAAGACGGACCGGUGCUCAGACUCGCUCAGGCGGGCCGGGUGGAGCUCCGAGGACGUGUCGGACGCGCUGGGGCUGGACCUCCGGCGGUGCAAGGAGCCGCACCGGUCGGCCGUGCGAGUGCCCCCAGAGAUCGCCGCCAAGGUCCAGCGCCUCGCGCGGACGGUGGCGCGGUCGUGA